CAGACGUGGACUCUUUCGUUCUAAAAAACACUAAGAAUAAUGUCCCUGCAUCAGUUUUUACUAGAGCCAGUCACCUAUCAUGCCUGGAACAGGGAUCGUACCCAGAUUGCCCUUAGCCCCAAUAACCACGAAGUCCACAUCUAUGAGAAGAACGGGAGCCAGUGGGUGAAAGCUCAUGAGCUCAAGGAGCACAACGGACACAUCACAGGUAUCGACUGGGCUCCCAAGAGUGACCGCAUCGUCACUUGUGGGGCUGACCGCAAUGCCUACGUGUGGAGUCAGAAAGAUGGUGUCUGGAAGCCGACCCUGGAUCUGAGAAUUAACCAUGCAGCCACUUUUGUCAAGUGGUCCCCGCUAGAGAACAAAUUUGCUGUGGGCAGCGGAGCACGACUCAUUUCUGUUUGUUACUUCGAGUCCGAAAAUGACUGGUGGGUAAGCAAGCACAUUAAAAAACCCAUUCGCUCCACGGUCCUCAGCUUGGAUUGGCAUCCCAACAACGUCUUGCUGGCAGCAGGAUCCUGUGAUUUCAAAUGCAGAGUGUUUUCUGCCUACAUUAAAGAAGUGGAUGAGAAGCCAGCCAGUACACCCUGGGGCAGCAAGAUGCCUUUUGGUCAGCUGAUGUCAGAGUUUGGUGGCAGUGGCACUGGCGGCUGGGUGCACGGGGUCAGCUUCUCUGCCAGCGGGAGCCGCCUGGCCUGGGUCAGCCACGACAGCACCGUGUCCGUUGCCGAUGCCUCAAAAAGUGUGCAGGUCUCAACUCUGAAGACAGAGUUCCUGCCCCUCCUGAGUGCGCGCUUCGUCUUGGAGAACAGCGUCGUGGCCGCUGGCCGUGACUGCUGCCCCAUGCCCUUUAGCUGCGACGACCGCGGCUGCUUGACCUUCGUCUCCAAGCUAGACAUCCCAAAACAGAGCAUCCAGCGCAACAUGUCGGCCACGGGGUGCUUCCGCAACAUGGACAAGCGGGCCACGACCGGGGACCGCAACACGGCCCUGGAGACGCUGCACCAGAACAGCAUCACUCAAGUGUCUAUUUACGAGGUGGACAAGCAAGAUUGUCGCCAAUUUUGCACUGCUGGCAUCGAUGGAGCCAUGACCAUUUGGGAUUUCAAGACCUUAGAGUCUUCUGUCCAGGGCCUUCGGAUAAUGUGAAGCUGAGCGAGCCUCCCAGAUCCAGCAUGAGGACGGACAGGCUGCGCCGGGCAGCUGCGCCAUUCGCAUGAUGGGCAGGAGAGCCGGCCACCAGCAAACACUGA